AUGUCUAAUGGCCGAAAUACCCUUCUCAAUGCAUUAGGGUUUUACUUCGUUCUCAUCGUCAAAAACCCAGAAGCAGAGUCGCUCGGGAGGUGAGGGAGAGUUGUUGGCUGCCGGUCUCUUCUUCGCAGCUCUGUAAACAUGGGUAUCUCACGAGACUCCAUGCAUAAGAGGCGGGCAACUGGAGGCAAGAAGAAGGCCUGGAGGAAGAAGCGAAAGUAUGAGCUUGGUCGUCAACCUGCCAAUACCAAGCUAUCAAGCAACAAGACAGUGAGGCGAGUUCGCGUGAGGGGAGGCAAUGUGAAGUGGAGGGCCCUCAGGUUGGACACUGGGAACUAUUCAUGGGGUAGUGAAGCUGUCACCCGCAAAACGCGUAUCUUAGAUGUGGUUUAUAAUGCCUCGAACAAUGAACUGGUCAGAACACAAACCUUGGUGAAAAGUGCAAUUGUUCAGGUGGAUGCAGCCCCAUUCAAGCAAUGGUACCUUCAGCAUUAUGGCGUAGACAUUGGUAGGAAGAAGAAGACUACUGCUAAGAAGGAAACUACAGAGGAGGGAGAAGGUGGUGCCACAGAGGAAACAAAGAAGAGUAACCAUGUUCUCCGCAAGCUUGAGAAGCGCCAACAAGAUCAUAGACUUGAUCCUCACAUUGAAGAGCAGUUUGGCAGUGGUAGAUUGUUGGCUAGCAUCUCUUCCCGACCAGGUCAAUGUGGCAGAGCUGAUGGAUACAUCUUGGAAGGAAAGGAACUGGAGUUCUAUAUGAAGAAGAUUCAAAGGAAGAAAGGCAAGGGCAGUGCUGGUGCCGCCUAAUUAAAUGUGCAAGCUGGUUUCUUGUUCUUUCUUAUUCCUCAAAUGGUUGUCAUUUUUUGGUUAUGGUAAUAUCAUAACUGAUAAAAAUUUUGAGAAUUUUGCAUGUCAGACUAAAUGGUUUUGACUUUUUCUCUUCGGGUAGUUUGGUUCUUGGUUUUGUUUCCCAUACCAAUGUUUAGCAGAACAUGAAAUGUAUUUGGAAAGCAUGUCUUCUUAUA